AUGGAUGUUAAAAAUAAGCAGCUACCUUCAGACCCAUGGGCGAAGCCUUCUUCCUCUAAUGAAUUAUUUGAUGAAAUCUGUCGGGAUAGUCAUCAGCUUUUCUCAAACUAUGAUUCACAGCAACAGCAGCAAAGGGAAAACUCUUCCAUUUUAGAUUAUGAUGUGAUGAUAAGAAAAAAAUUGGAAACAAUCCCAUCUUCUUUGACCCAAAUCAAGCUCAUUCAAGAAGAUCUCGAGGCUAAAAUCAAACCUCAGUUAUGGGAUCCCACAACCAUGCUGAGUAAUCUCUCUGUCAUGGAAGAAAAAAUUCAUCAACUCCAGGAACUGGUGCAAUUAAUCGUUUCCAAAUCAUCUAUGGAUCAACCAAAUGAAUUUCUGAUUCAACAGCAGCAACUUGUUACUGCAGAUCUGACUUCGAUUAUAAUUCAGCUCAUAUCCACUGCAGGCAGCCUUCUUCCAGCUGUCAAACAUCCAAAAUUUUCUCCAAAUCCAAAUCCAUCUAUUGGUAAUGGAGUUGUCAGCCUUCCACAACAUAAUCAUUGUGAUGAUAAUAAUGAUAGUGAUGGUAACACUCAUGGGAAUAUGGUAAGCAAGAUCGAAGAUCAUUCGAAUGAAACUGAUCAUAUGGAUGUCCAUGAAGAACAUGAUGAUGAUGUUGAUGAAGGAGAGAAUCUCCCCCCUGGUUCUUAUGAAAUCUUGCAGCUUGAAAAAGACGAAAUUCUUGCACCCCACACUCAUUUCUGUGUGAUUUGUGGGAAAGGUUUCAAACGAGAUGCCAAUUUGAGAAUGCAUAUGAGAGGUCAUGGAGACGAGUAUAAAACCCCAGCAGCAUUAGCAAAACCCCAUAAAGAUCCAGGUACAGAGGUGAAGCUUAUCAAGAGAUAUUCAUGUCCUUAUGUUGGUUGUAAAAGGAAUAAAGAUCACAAGAAGUUUCAGCCAUUGAAGACAAUCUUAUGUGUAAAGAAUCAUUAUAAAAGAACCCAUUGUGAUAAAAGCUAUACAUGUAGCCGUUGUAACACCAAGAAGUUUUCAGUGAUUGCAGAUCUUAAAACACACGAGAAGCAUUGUGGACGUGACAGGUGGAUUUGUUCAUGUGGGACAACAUUUUCAAGAAAAGAUAAACUUUUUGGACACAUUGCUCUUUUUCAAGGCCACACUCCUGCAAUUCCAGUGGAUGAUCCGAAAGGAGGAGCAGUUGGUGGACAUGAUCAUGAUCAUGGGGAUAAUUAUAAUAAUAACAUUGAAGGGUCUAAAGAAGUUGGAUUCUUUGAUUUUAAUUUCAAUUCAAAUGGAUCUGUGGGUGACCCAGGUACUUGUUUUUCGCCUUUGAACAUAGAAUCAAAUAUGAACAGGUUUCAGGAGUUUCCUCGAAGUUUGUUCGAAGAUUCCGACAAUUUCUCUUUCCUUUUAUCGGGGUCAUCCAAUUAUUUGUGGAAAAAUGGUGGGGAGUCGAGUUCCAAGGAUCUUCAAUAA